AGCGCGUCCGAGUGCUUUUUGUGUGUGUGGCCAAGUUGUUGGAGCAGUGUUAGCGGGACUCGUGUUUCGGCGCUGCGGAUUAACGGAGGGCUCUUUACCUUAGUUACCUGGCCUGCUGGGAGGAUACAAGACACGAUGACUUCGACUAACAUGUUUCAGGGCCUGGACGAGGGAGCUAAACCGAGCUCUAGGGUGUUGCGACCUCCUGGUGGUGGCAGCAGCAAUAUAUUUGGCGCUUGUGAUGACUCUGCAGCUUCCAGACGGCCAAACAAGAUGGCCUCUACGAUUUUUGCACCCCCAGAAGAGGCCCAAGGAAGUCCGAAGCGCUCCAAUCCCCCAGGUGGCAAGAGCAGUGGGAUUUUUGGAGGACCUGAAGCUCCAGCUGCACAGGCUAAGCCCCAGCGUCAAGGUGCAGCAACUAGCAACAUCUUUGCAGGACCAGAGUCAAACCCACCUGCUGUUAAAAGUCAUCCAAACAAACCCAAGGACAACAUUGGUGUGGGUGCUCCUGUCACGCCUGAGCCAGCCCCUCAGCCGAAAGCAGUUGAAGAAGUGAAGGUGCCUGUUACACCUCAACCAACACCUGUAAAGGAGGACCCUCCGGCUGCACCCACAGCAACCCCCACAGCCACCCCAGAUGCUAAGCUUUCACCACAUCCAUCAGAGAAGGACCACGAGCCACGCCUUGCACCGGUUCCUCGCUCGCACAACAGAGUGCUGAACCCCCCUGGUGGAAAAUCCAGCGUGGUCUUCUACUGACCAGUGCCACUUAUCUCUCGCUUCCCCACUCACUCCGUUCUCUCUUACUAACACUGCUAACUAUGCUUCUUUCUUACUUUGCUCGUACGUUUCUUAGUUUGUCCAGUCUUCUUUUUUGUUGUUUUGUUUCUUUAUAUUUUCUUACAGUGGCUUCUUUCUCUCAUUCCUUAACUCUUGCACUUUCUAACCCAUUCCUAUACACUCAUUCUGCUUUUUUUUUUUGUUUGUUUUUGUAUGUUCAUAUAGGAGGGUUUGAGUGAUCGGUUUCUGCCUCAAUCCAAUGGUUGACUCAGUCAAAUGGUUCAUUUUGAUCCAGUCAGGAUCAGCUGAGUGUGUGUGCUGAUUGUGAAGAUGCUCUCUGACUUUGAUAAUGUAUAGAAAUACAAUCAUACUCUCAUGAUUUAUGAUUACGACGUAACUGAUUGGCGUCUGUGUAUCGUUCAACUGGAACCACUGUCUGUCUGUUUCCACUGUGGGAAACUCACUUGUGUUAAUGCAGUGGUACCUGACCCUCUGUCUUGGAGGUCCUACUGGUCUGCCUGGUUUUUAGCACUUUUAAACCCCCGUUACCAACUGCCGUUGUCAUACAUGCAUCCAGAGUGAUCUGAUUGCAAAUGGUUGAUUAAAUGCAUAGGUGUUUAAACCUGGGGUUUUAAAUGCAUCUCUUUUGAGCACUUUUGAUUGGAUUUCUUACAUACUUUUCAUUAAAGGAGACUGGGUGGUUACUGUAAGUCAUCUAUUAGUGUGGUUUGAGUCCUCAGCACGCAAGUAUCGUCAUUUUCCAUUUCAUUGUUAUUGUAGCAUGCUCAGCUAACCCUUGCGGGGGGUGGACGGAUGGCAGUAUUACGGUUAUUCUUUAUGGUUUGUCAGUGACCUGGUUAAUGUGGGCACAUCACGACCCUUUGGUGUUAAUACUACAACAAUAAUGUGGUCUUCUGUGUCUCUGACAACAUCCGUAUGUGUUUUGAGUGACCAGAUUGCGGUAAAAAUGUAAUCCUUGAGACAUUACAUUACUGGCCAUUUAUAACAUUUAUGAUUGGAUCACCCAGGAUGCAUGUUUAUGCCAGGUGUGAAUGGGGGUUUUGCACACCUGAUUUCAUUCAGAAAAAAGGGCUUGUAAUAAGUGCACUGCAGUAGGUUCUCAGGACUGGGUCUGGGGCAGUUUGUUCUAACAUACCUCUGAAACUUUGGUGAGCGUUCUUUUUCGCUCAUCGUGACUUGCAGCCAUGCUGGAAGCAGCUCCUAUUGAUCUUGUGACUUGUUCUCUUUCUGCCUUUCUGUUAAGUGAUUGAUUGAUUGUAAUGCCACUGGGUUCUCAGGGAGAAUAGGGAUUCGAGGACCUGGUGGAGGACCUGAUGGGAGACCUGGUGACAAUGUUUUUAGAUGUAAGACAAUGUACUUAAGAACACACACUGUUCAGGGAAAUGCAGGCAAAAGCAAAGGUGUCAACAUACUGAAACGAAUCCACUCCCAUGUAUAGUAGGUUUUCCAUGAAUACACUAAACCAAAGCACAUAAACAAACAAUUAUAAAGAGGUCAUCAAUACAACUGAAGUACUGUCAAGUGUAUGGUGACCCUCUACAAUGCAUAUAGUGCUUUAUAUGAAUAUACUACAGUGUUCUUACUGACAUCUAACUGCCAUAGCUUUAAAAAGGUUAAAAACAAAAAACGUUUUUUUUAUUUCGCCCCAAUGAUUGUGAUCUGAAGCUGCCAUUGGUUCUUUACAUUGUUUUAUGGUUUCAUGGUAAAUGGACCAUUAGGCAGUUACCAUUCUGGAGCUACAAAGAUUUUGAUGCUGUUAAUACAAAACAUUCUAAUAAUAGGAAGCAAUAGGCAAUACUAAAAUAUCUGCCCAUUGUCUUUUAACUAUAAAUGUGCUUAAGUCAGUGGCUUGGAAGAUGCUGACUGUGGCCUGAGGAUCAUGACCUUUAAUCUCUGGUCAUGCUGCUUUGCCAUCAGUGUCUAAUUUCACAUUAUUGAAGGAGGCAUGUGACCAUUAUGAUGUCGGUAGCACUGCAAGUCAUUGGUGAAUUCCUAGUGAUUAGGUGGGGUAAAAAUGCAUGAUACAAAAGUUUGUGUGCUACAGUUGUCAGAUAGAGGUUAGUCUAAAUACUGAAGUAUUCCUUAACAAAUUCAAGUGUAAAUCUGUUUGACUAUCUUUUAUUUUUAUUUUUUUGUUUAAUUAAUGUUGUAUUUGUACAGUCAUUAAAUCUCAUGGUUUUCAGGCAGAGGUGUCCAUCAUAAGUCCUAGAGGUGCUAGUGUCUAGCACUGCAUGUAACUUGACCCACCUACUAAACUUAGUAAUGAAUUGCUGUAAAUGAAUUAAAUCAAAUGUGUUUAAGCAAAAACUGUCAAACCCUGUACCCCUAGGACUAAAGAUGGGCCCUCCUGAUAUUAGGACAUAAAUCCCUGUGAAUACCAAAUGCACACAAAAAGUAGAAGCUCUGGGAGUCCUGUUUUGUACCGAAUGCCAAAGUGUACUAAGUUAGUUUUCGGUUAUUGUAUGAAAAACAUUUCAUUUGAUUUGUUUUUCUACCUUCACUUUAGCCUGUCAUUAUAAAGCACAGCAGCAUUGGGAAGGCCCAGCUUGUAACACAUUGGUGUGAAAAGUGUUUUUUCUCACAUACUGCUGUCUGCCCUGCCCAAAGUGCCAGUGUGGUAUUGAGGCAAUGUCACAAACGUCUGUAAUAAACAUCUAUUUUGAUGAUUCAUA